AUGACUGAGGAAGUCAGAGGAGUAAACUUCACACACACAACGUUUAUUUUUGUUGGAUUCCCAGAGACUUUUGGAUACAGACACUUGCUUUUCCUGCUAUUUUUGCUCACUUACAUUUUAGUUGUUGUUGGGAAUUUUUUAAUACUUUUUGUAAUCAAAAAUACAAAGACACUUCACACACCAAUGUACAUACUUGUGUCUGCGUUAGCAUUGGUUGACAUCAUUGUACCUACUGCCAUUGUCCCAGCAAUGCUUUUGAGCUUUUUGUUUGAGUUAAAUGAAAUAACUUUGGUUGGGUGUUUAAUACAAAUGUUUUUCACUCACUUCUUUUCCUCAGUAGAGUCUACUAUUCUUCUAGCAAUGGCUCUUGAUCGCUAUGUAGCAAUCUGUAAUCCACUUCGUUACACAACAAUUAUGAACUACUCAAUGUUUGGAAAACUGCUGCUUUUUACAUUGGUCAGGAGUGGAACAUUAAUGUGCACUUUGGUUGGUUUGGCUGCAUCUUUGACUUUCUGUGGAUCAAAUAUCAUACAUCAUUGUUACUGUGAUCACAUGGCUCUUGUUAGCCUAGCAUGCAGUUCUACUGCAAAAAAUGCUGCAGUUGGGAUUGCUGUAAUUAUCUGUUUUGUUGGAGUUGAUAUAUCUGUCAUUUUUGUCUCUUACGUUAAAAUCUUGUGUGUAGUGCUUAGGGCUGCAGCAGGUGAGCAAAGAUCAAAAGCAAUUCAUACUUGUAGUAAUCACUUAAUUGUCAUGAUGUGUUUUUAUUUGAUAGGAAGUGUUACUUUUCUCUCACGAAAUCUUCAAAUUCAAAUUCCAGUUGAUGUUAAUACCUUUCUGGGUGUCACUUAUAUAGUUUUCCCAGCAUGUAUAAAUCCAAUUAUCUACGGUGUCAGAACCAAAGAAAUAAGAAAUGCACUGUUAAAAAUAUUUAAGAUACAUGCAAAUAGAAUUGUUACAGUAAAGGUUUCAGUUGUCAAGUUCUGA